AUGGACGGGGAUUCACCAGCUCGCCUAAGCCUGUCCAACCACUACGCACCCCUGUCCGAUGAUGCUCCAGUCCACCCAGCUGAUGUCCCCGCGGCUCAGACUCGUCCGGACCUGGACCCUCCUCCGAGGACACAGCCGGCUCCUGCUGACACCGCAUCCUCGCCCCUGGUGGCUCGCCGCUCCACUGUGAAGCCGGAUCAACGGCGUUCAUCUCGGCUCAUAACUUCAUCCUCCCGUCACAAACUCCUGAAAGAGGCCGUGGUGAGACGCUCUGACAGAGCAGCCUCAGUGUCAGCCAUUGGGAGCGUGGGAAACCUUCGCUAUUUGGCCUUCGUCUCUUUUCUCUUGACUUCAACUUCAUCUGCUGCAGAUGGUUGGAUCAGAUUGGCUGGGUCUACUCGGUGCUCUGGAAGAGUUGAAAUCUAUUACAACAGUUCCUGGGGAACAGUCUGUGAUGACGGAUGGGACUUAAAUGAUGCUGAGGUAGUGUGCAGGGAGUUGGGCUGUGGUACAGCACCGAGUGCCCCUCAGUCGGCCCACUUUGGUGAAGGAACCGGAUCGAUCUGGCUUGAUGAUGUGGGCUGCUCAGGAGGUGAAAGGUCUGUAACAGAGUGUCAGCAUGGAGGAUUUGGGAGCCACAACUGUAGACACCAUGAGGAUGCUGGUGUUAUCUGUUCAGCAAGCCUCCCAAAGCCCAGCAUCUCCAUGAAUCCCAUUGGAGAGGUUACCUGGGGUCAGGACGUCGCCAUCACUUGCUCGAUCUCAACUCAGCAUUUAGGGUGAACAUUCACCCUGCAGCAGACCUCAGGCUCCUUCAGAAAGACCCAAACAUCAAGUACCAAUUCUGCCUCCUUCAGCAUCUUACAGGUGGACUUUGACAACGAAGGAUCGUACCAGUGCCAGUAUCAGACAACGGUUUGAAGUCGAGACUUCAGCUCCCCCCUAAGUGACUCUCUCAGACUCUCUGUUAGAGUGCCACUGCAGCAGCCCAGCAUCUCCCUGACAUCCCCUAACGGAGGGCUGGUCUGGGGUUCUGAAGGUGCAGAGGUCACCAGGGGUUACAGCUUCGUCUUCACCUGCUCCAUCUCCUCCCAUUAUCCUGGAGGAGUUUUC